AUGUAUUCAUUGAUGCAAUAUAAAAGUGCCUACUAUUCUUCUCUUAAACUAGGUCCGUGGUUUCAUGCAUAUGGUUAGAUAAAAUGAAUCUGUUGUAUUCCUAUGAAUGAAUAUUAAUUUGAAGUUUCGAACUUCAAAACAUGUCAAAAUUAAUACUGACAGUUAGAUAACCUCAUCAAAUUCAAAGUGGUACAUAUUUUUUACCAUGAUCUUAAACCUUUGUUAAACAAAAUGGAUUUAGAAUUACUUCAGGGCUCAGAACCAAAGCAAUCGACAGCGAUAUCGGCUACUGGAAAAUUAUUGAUUUAUGCAACCGGCGGAAUUGCGGUUGGAGUUAGUAUUAUCUGCAUACCAUUUACUGUGCUUCCAGCGCUUAGAAAAGUCUGUUUACCUUUCGUCCCUGCUACCAACGUACAACUUGAAAGAGUUGCUAAGGUUUUGGCUGGUCGAAGCGGUAAACUCUUAGAUGUAGGCUCCGGUGACGGGAGAAUUGUAUUUACUGCUGCCAAGCUCGGUUUCCAAGCAGACGGAGUAGAACUCAACCCCUGGUUAGUGUAUUAUUCUCGUCUAGCAGCAUGGUUGAACCCUCAAUACAGAAGCAGCAGGUUCUUCCGGAAAGAUUUAUGGACUUUCGACCUCAAGCCAUACAACAAUAUAGUGAUAUUUGGUGUUGAAGAGAUGAUGCAAGAUUUUGAAAAGAAAGUGUUAAAUGAAUCCAAAAACGACACUGUGGUGGUAGCUUGUAGGUUCCCACUACCAAACAUGGUACCUGUGGAAACUGUUGGCAGUGGUGUGGACACUAUUUGGAAAUAUGAAAUUAAAAAAUAAAUGUUUAUAAAACUUA